UGGUUGCCGUCAGGUGGGCGCAUGGCUGGCUGGGCAUGGCUGGCUGGCUGGGCAAGGAAAUGCAUUAUUUUGAAGAGGAAUUAACUUGUUCUAUUUGCUACAGUAUAUUUGAUGAUCCUCGUGUACUGCCAUGUUCACAUACAUUUUGUAGAAAUUGUUUGGAAAGUAUUCUUCAGAUAUCAAGCAAUUUUUCCAUAUGGCGACCUUUAAGGCUUCCUCUGAAGUGUCCUAACUGUAGAAGUAUUGUUGAAAUUCCUCCAUCUGGUACUGAAUCUUUGCCUGUAAACUUUGCAUUAAAGGCUAUUAUUGAAAAGUAUCAACAAGAGGAUCAUCCUGAAGUUGCUACCUGCAAUGAACAUUAUAGACAGCCAUUAAAUAUUUACUGUCUGCUAGACAGAAAGCUUGUGUGUGGCCAUUGUCUUACAAUAGGAAAACAUCAUGGCCAUCCUAUAGAUGAUCUACAAAGUGCCUAUAUGAAAGAAAAAGAAACUCCUGGAAGACUCCUUGAGCAGUUGACAGACAAACAUUGGAGUGAAGUUUGUUUGCUUAUUCAGAAUCUUGAAGAACAGAAAGCUCAAUGUGGGAGCAUUGUUCAGGAGGAUAAAAAAACAGUUUUGCAAUAUUUUAAGAGACUCGGAGAUGUCCUUGAUCAGAAAAAACAAGCUUUACUUGCAGCUCUGGAUGAUGUAAAUAUGCAGAUUGAGACAGAAUAUGAACCUCUCAUAGAAAUGUUGAAAGGAAUACGAGAAGAACAACUUGAACUAAUGUCACUGAAUACAUCAUUUCAGGAGGAAGAGUCUCCUCUUCAUUUUCUGGAGAAAGUUGAGGAAAUACGUCAGCGUGUUAAAUCUUUGAGGGAAAAACCAUUACCAACGAUUAAGCCAGUUGAAAUCCACCCUCGAAUAGGACAGUGCAUAUCAUAUAGAAAUCAGGAACACUGCUAUGACAGGAUCACUAACCCUGCCAGCAAAAAACUUUCCAGAAUACAAGAAUCCCUAGAAUGUCUUAAAAGUUUCAAGAAUGGAAUUGAUGUAAUAGAUCCUUCAAUCCUACAGAAGGGAUCAACUACUGCCGAUCCAAAAUUUCUAUAGUAAAGAAGUUGCUACUUCACCAUAAUGGAAUCUCUGAAUCUCAGCUUGCACGCACCUAAUCAUCCUCUCUUUGUCCAAUUGCAAAUCAAACUAACUGCAAAAAGCAGAUUUAAAAAUUGUCUUCUGUGAUAAAAGUUUAAAACUGGUACAAUUCCAAAGGUGAAGAUGAAGGGUUUCAUCUGACACUGCCAGGAAAACAUUCAGAGACGGCUUAGAAUUUCUUGUGAGAGCUGCAGUUGGUUGAGUUUUAUCCUAAGAACCUUGGCUCUGAGCCAACAGAAGCCUGCCUAGCAAUAGACUACUGUUUACAUUCAGAACUCUGAAAGAGCCAGGGGUUAAGUGUGGAAAGAACAAGUAACUCAUCCAUCUGCCCAUCGUACUCUACCAUCUAUCUGCCCAUCAUACUCUACUCUGUGUCCAGUACUCAAUUUAAUGUCCAGAUCUGAUGGUUCUCAUUCUCACUUAUUGAUAUAGAGGUUUGUGUGAGGUGAGCAUUACGUCCAAGUGUAGAGUUCUAUUUAAAUUUUGUUAACUAUCUUUGUUGCUUAGAAAUUGUUUCUGCAUUUCACUGUAGAGCAGGGGUGUCAAACUGCCAGUCCGUGGGCUGGACACAUCACGCAGAAGCCGCGCCCACUCCAUUGCUGACAAUGGCAAAACAGUCCCAAUACGUUGCGCGACGUCACUUGACUUUGUGAGUUUCACAUGUCUGCUGUAGAGCAUGACUAAUUUUUUAAAGAUUUUUUUUAUCCUGCCUUUAUUAUUUUUAUAAAUAACUCAAGGCAAUGAACAUACCUUAUAUUCCUUCCUCUUAUUUUUCCCACAACCACCACCCUGUGAGGUGAGUUGGACUGAGAGUGACUGACCCCAAAGUCACCUAACCAGGUUUCAUGCCUACCAUCCUUGUCACAAUCACUGUUUAUAAUUAUUCGGCAAUUCCCAUGAUUUGUUUGAGGCAAAACCCAGACCACCACCCUACAUCCAAGUUUUAUUUCUACCAAACUGCGGCUUAUCUGAAAUGUUUUGUAAAACAUUUGAGAAGGUGAUAUUUGUUUCAGGUUUGAAAUAAACCUGCUUUUCUAUUUUGGGAACACCCUUAAUUUGUUGGGAAACAUGGAAUAUUACAAGCAAUUUUAAAAUUACUAUGAAGAUUCAUUUUAUUUCAAUUCAAAAACAUGGAGUUAAAGGAAAACGUGCAAAAAUCAUAUUCUUUAUUCUCCUUUUCUAUGAACAAUGCUUUCUUGAUGGUAAAAGAUAAUAUAAGAUAAAGCUCAAGUGGAGGAGGUUGUUCCAGGACAUUUUUUCUUCAGAACCCAGGUAAGACCAAACUAGGGCCUUCAAAGCCACCCGUCUCACAGAAGGAAUGAACUCCAGAAGUAAAACUCAAACCAUUUUGUAAAGCUUCAGCAUAAUCUAUACAAGUAAUUUAAUGAUGGGAAAUGGGAUUGGAAUUUCCAUCACUAAGCACAUCAUAUGACUACAUUGCUUAGCAAUGGUAAUCCAGUUAGUCUCUGUUGCUCUCUUUAAGCGAGGACCUCCCAACUAGUAACUUUUUGUCAGCGUCCCACAAGUAAAGGGGAAACCGGCAGGAAUCUGAAAGUCCCAAGAGGCUUGCAAGCAGGUUCGUGAGUGGGUGAGUGCUAGAGUGAGUCUGGGGGUAGGGGUAUUGCAGUACUAGUGUGUAUGUAUGGAAAAGGAUGAUACUGUGGUGCUAGUAUGCACUGUAGCAGUGGUGGCAAACCUAUGGCAUGCGUGCCAGAGAUGGCACUUGAAGCCCUCUGUGGGCACACGUGCCAUUGCUCCAGCCUCGCCUCCCCCUAUGACCCCACCAGCAACCCCUGGAGGAGAGUUGCCCCUGAGUGUGGCCCACACAGAGCAGCACAGCCAAGGACAGGGCAGCCAGGCAGCAUAGACAAGACUCUGCUCUCACACCCCAUCACGCAGUUGAUGCUGUGGGGCGCGGACAGAGGGUGUGGUUGCCAUGGCACUGCUAGGCUGCCAUGGCAAUCUGCGCUGGGCCCUGGAGGCGGUGAGUGGUCCUGUGGGCAGGCAGGGGCGGGGCAGGGGAGGGGCCAGUUUUUGGGCACUCGGUCUCUAAAAGGUUCACCAUCACUGCACUAUAGACUACAAGAUCCCUGGGAUCUUACAUAAUGGGGUCCAUUAUUGUAAAUGGGAGUGGCUUACAGGAAUGAUUUGCAACCUUUCCUGCCUCCUUCCACAUUGACUUCACUUGGGACAAACCAGCAAAGGUUACAAAUGGCUGUCAUGUGAUCCAGUUGCCAAGCACCUGGAUCACAAUCACAUGACUGUAGAGAUGUUGCAACAGCUGGAACUUCUGAGGACUGGUCUAAAGAACCAUUUGUUCAUCGCUGUCACAAAUAAUUGCCUGAGCUGGUGGGAGUAACAGGACCAGCAAUAGCAAUCACAGUACAACAACUAGCCCAAUGGCAACAGCAAUCAUGGCAGAGACAACUGGUCCAAUGGCAACAGCUAGCAAGUGGCCUAGAAUGUAUUCUGGACUUGGCCCCUGCCCUAAUUCUUGGGAUUGCUACCAUAGAGAUUUUAUUAUAAAGACAAUCUGAGCCAGCACAGGAUAGGACCUUAGCUGCAGUUUUCCAGGAUGAGUAAAAAACUUUUUGGGAAACUGCCAAACUGGGGACAUUGAGACAAAAAGUUUUCUACCAGCUUAUUUAAGGGAAGCAACUUAUUUAAGCACCAUCCACUUGAUGGUUAUUAAGUCUGGUUAAGAAACAUGUGAUUUUCCUUGCAUUGCAGCCAUUGUCCAUUAUUAAGAGUGUCUUGUUCUGCAAUACUUGUAAUGUAGUGAGAACAUAUUUCAGCAAUAAUUUUUAUAUUAUUGGUGAAAUAAUUUUUAGAUUAUGGGUUAACAAAAUGUUUGAGCCAGAGUCUGUUUAACCAUUAUUUGUUGCAGCUUUUAAUUGUCAAAUCAACCCCAAAUCCGAGAUGCCAAACCAAAUCCAAGAACCAUACUGCAGCUAGCACAAUAUCACAGCCUCGCCUCUGCUUGCUAUUUAUAUAUAUUUUUACUGUUUAUCAACUUAUUUAUUUACUAGACUGUUUUUGUAAUAUACAGAGAAAUUUGUCAAAAUUUUAUUUUCAAAUUCAAAUAAAAAUAUGCUGCGUGUAUUUUUUUUUAAAAAAAUCCACCAUUUUAAUCACUAAGUGCUUCUACCAAAAGUCAUAUCUGAACUGUCUGUUUUAAGCAGUCACUUAAAGAGAUCUAUAUUGUUUAAGAUAAUGAACACUCAGUAACAAGUCAGAUUUAAAAACCACUUAUAGAAAAUAGAUAUUAAAUUAUUGGCAAAUCUUCAGGAAAAUCUUAGGAAAAAA